AUGAGCUCUCCAUCGGCUUCUGAUGGCCCUGCGCCGCCAUCGAACCGCAGAUUCUCGCGCCCAAAGCGAGGUAAGCUCAGAAAUGGCACUUUCAUUCUCCCUGGGACGGGUGAACGUGUACGGCGUCAAAUAACCCUCCGCAACCCCUCGAAUUUCGAUGGCCCGGCCCGCACCAAUUCUGGAAGCUCGAUUCUGCCUUUGCGACGGACGUACUCCCAGGCGGGAACUUUUCGGACGGCGGUGGAUAAUUCUAUUGAGUCUUGGUGGGAGUUCUGGGCAUGGCUACAUACGUCUGCUGCGAAGGGUAUCCUGAAGAGCUCUCUGGCGUAUCUGCUGGGAAGCAUGGCUACGUUCUUACCGCCCAUUGCCAACUUCCUGGGGCAUCAGGACUCGAAGCAUUUAGUCUGCACCAUCACGGUCUAUUUUCACCCGAGUCGAUCGCAAGGCUCGAUGCAAGAGGCUAUCAUACUCGGAUUAGGGGCUUUCUUCUAUGCCGUCUUCGUCUCCGUUUCCAGCAUGGCUACUUCUGUAUUCUUCGAGUCGCAGCUGGGAAUGAUUGAACUUGGCUAUAUCAUGGUACUCAUUGUGUUCAUCGGAGGUGGACUGGGGUUCGUAGGGUGGUUCAAACAACGAUACAAUGCGCCUCUAGUCAGUGUGAGUUGUAGUCUGGCCUCUUUGGCCAUUAUAACAGUAAUAACCAAAGAAAACGCUAUUCAAGUUGGCGUAUUUUCGAACGACAAGAUUGUCCAGGUCAUGAAAAUGAUUCUGAUGGGCAUGGCAUCAACAACUGUUGUCAGUCUGCUACUUUGGCCAAUUUCAGCACGCACAGAAUUGAGAGAAACUAUGAUCGGCGUGACGGACUCUUUCGGAGACAUGCUUACAAUGAUCACUCGAGGUUUCCUCAGUGGUUCCGAAACAGAUUUGAGAUCUACAACGUUUGUUAACGCUCAGAAGAAACACAAGGCUGUCUUCACGAAGCUGAAAACAAAUCUGAAGGAAGCCAAAUAUGAACACUAUCUGCUUGGCACGGAAGAAGAAUACAAAUUACAAGUGAGCCUUGUAACUUGUAUGCAGAGGCUAGCACAGUCAAUUGGUGGGCUGAGAAGUGCUGCGUUGACUCAAUUUACGCUUUUGAGAGAGAGCACAACUUUUGGUAAUGUGACGCCGCUUGCCUCUACACAUUCACCUCAAAUUGAAGGCUUGGUAUCUCCUACGAGCAAUCGGCAAGAUCGCUUUGCAGUUUUAACAGCAAUCGAAGAGGCCUCAGAAGAGGGUAGUGAUGCAGAAAACCUAGACGAUGAUCCUCCAAGACGUUUUGAGCGGCAAUUCAGUAAUCUGAGUUAUAGUAGCUCUACAAUGCCGUCCGUACGGACGCCAUCAGAUAUCUUUUCCCGUUUCAUUGUGCACCUCGGUCCUUCCAUGAAGUCGCUGGCAUAUACACUCUCCCAAAUUCUACAAGAGUUGCCUUUCGGAGAUGGACCUCAAUAUGAGAUCAAGAUCAAUGAUCAUUUCAAGACCAGCCUGACCGAGGCAUUGAAACUUUACAGCAGUGCUCGAGCCGAUGCUCUGAAAGCACUGUACAAGAGCAAAGAACUAGACCGAGACAGGCCAGAGAGUAUCCAAGCCGAUUUCGAAGAAGUUGCGGCAAGUUGCGGCCACUUCAGUUUCUCGCUUCAAACUUUCGCAGAAGAGAUGCAGACAUUUUUGUCAAUCCUCGAAGAUCUGAAGGAAUGGACUGAAAAUGACAGCGCGAGGUCGUGGAACUGGAUACGGUUCUGGAGGAAGCCGAAGCCACAAGUAGCUGAUGGUCCAAAUGCGGUACCCGAGGAGCAGGAGAGGCUGAUUCAGCAGCCUCAGGAGGCAAUGCUUCCGAAAGAUCUCCCUGAUCUUGUGCUUGAUAGACGUGAGACACGACAGUGGCAAGCCCCGGCGGAGAACACGAAAUGGGCUCUGUAUCGGAGAAUACUGAACAUCAUCAUGAUUAUUUCCAGAGACGAUGUACGCUUCGCCGUCAAGGUUGGGAUAGGAGCUUCAUUGUAUGCAAUGUUCGCCUUUAUCCCAUCGACAAGACCAUUCUAUCAGCAUUGGCGAGGAGAAUGGGGACUCCUCUCCUACAUGUUGGUGUGUGCUAUGACGAUUGGAGCUUCGAACACGACUGGAUGGAGCAGAUUUAUUGGAACAUUCAUUGGAGCGGCUAUAGCUUGCUUCCUUUGGAGCAUAACCCAGGGAAAUGCGUUUGGACUUGCCUUGUGCGGAUGGCUGGUCAGCUUGCCCUGCUUUUACAUCAUUCUUGUCAAAGGCCAGGGACCAUUUGGACGCUUCAUUAUGCUAACCUACAACCUAUCCUGUCUGUACGCUUACAGUCUGUCCAUUCAAGAUGGAGACAACGAUGACGAUGAAGGAGGGGUUGUGCCGAUCAUCACUGAGAUUGCCUUACACAGAGUUGUCGCUGUUAUCGCAGGAUGUGUGUGGGGACUUGUUGUCACGAGAGUCAUAUGGCCAAUUUCCGCUCGCCACAAAUUCAAAGAUGGACUGUCGCUACUAUGGCUUCGAAUGGGCCUGAUUUGGAAACGGGAUCCUUUAUCGACUGUGCUGGAGGGCGAGUCCCAAAACGAAUACAUGAAUUUGAGGGAAGAAUUUGCCCUCCAUCAAUAUCUUCUCCGACUAGAUACACUGCGCACUGCAGCUGCCAGUGAAUUUGAAUUGCGAGGACCAUUUCCUUCCAAGCCAUACGAACGGAUCAUGGAAUCGACAAACAAAAUGCUUGACGCCUUUCAUGCAAUGAAUGUAGUCAUCCAGAAGGAUUUGACUGCUAGUGAAGGUGAAACGAUACUUCUCAAGUACACAGCAGAAGAAAGAGCGGAGCUGUGCUCUAGAAUUAGCCAUUUAUUUCAAGUCCUUGCCAGUUCUCUGAAACUUGAGUUUCCUCUCAGCGACGCCUUGCCUAACACCUCAAAUGCACGAGAUAGACUGCUCGCUAAGAUUUUCCAAUACAGGAAGAAUUCCACGAGCACGGAAGAUGAUCCAAAUAAGCCAGUGGUGAAGGACGAGGACUAUGAGAUGAUCUAUGCCUUCAUCUUGGUAACGGGCCAGCUGAGCGAAGAGCUCAAGCGCGUAGAGAGGGAUAUCGAGGACCUUUUUGGCGUUAUGGACGAGAAUUUGUUCAAGUUGACUUGA